AGUGAUAUGGAUGCCGAAAUUUUUAUUUCGCUGCUAUGGAACAAGUUAAGUGAUGAACCUUUCUGAUCAAAGCGAAGCAAUGGUCAUAGACGCACGAGGGCAUCAUGGAGUAUAUUGCCAUGGAUUGUGUUAUUAACGACAACUUCCCUUAUUCGAAAUCAGUAUUGAUCGAGAUCAUGGAUGUGAAACAAAUUUCCAACUGGUUCAUCAAGGGCAAAAUUUUGAGCGACUUCAUCAAGCUGAAUGUGGAGUUCGACCUGACCCGGAACACGAUCGACGAUGAGGUGUCCGCAACUCGACUCGAGGAACUCAAACCAAAACUGUCCGAUCUGUGCUCGGCGAUCAAGAUGUUCCCCUGUCCGACACAAAAGUAUCGGUUCAGAUAGAGCGAAAUCACCCAGUUGUUGGCAUUUCUGAUUCGUCAUUCAUCGCCCAGGAUCCGCUUAUUAACAGCUGUGCGUUGAAGCGAAAUGCGUUCGAGAAGCUGUCCUUGCCCCAGGAGUACAUGCACCAGGAAUUGCGACAUAUGUAUGCUGAGCGCGUUUCUGUACGAGAUAGUGAUAGUGAGAUAGUGUUUGAAGGAAAAUUACUAUGUAAUUUUAAUCGUAAGAAUUAUUACUGCAAUUGUGGAA